AUGGAAGACAAUACUCAAGAAGGAAGAGAGCAAUUGAUGCAAGAGUAUCUCAACCAAACUCACAUUGCUGAUGACGAUGAAGAGUUGAUCGAACGUGUACCAGAAGAUGGCGCACAACUCGAAGAAGAAAUCGAUGUCAUGCCUACUGAAUUAUCUACACCCAUCAGUUUGAUGCAAAAGAAGAAAACUGAUCAAGACAACGAAAAAAAGAAGAAGAAGAGAAAGAAGAAGUCAAAGACUGCCAAUUUACCUGAGGCAGGUACUGAAUUACCUGACGAUUAUGUUGAAAAGCAUGCUGAAGAUGUCGUUGAAAAUCCCUUUGAUCCUGAACGUCCUCUUUCUCAACGUAUUGAAUACGCCAUCAUGAAAUACCGCAAAAACCACAAAUUCUCUGGCGAAAAGAAAGCCAUCUUUGACAACUAUCUUAAAUUUGGAGGAAUCAAUACCGGCCCCAACAUGUUCUUGGGCCGUGCCACCAGUGCUGAUAGACCCGAUGAUCCAGAUGCCGAAUUUGAUUUUGAUGCUGCAAAGACCGCUAUUGAUUCCGUCCCUGAUGAAUUAGAGGAAGGCGUUGAAGUCAACUUCACUGAAGUGGCACAAGUGUAUUUCAGUAAUACCUUUAUUCGUGAGAGUCGAUUCAUUUCAUUACAGGAUUUCGUGGAUGCACCUGUUCUUAUCGAUGCGUUCUUGAGAUACCUUCAAAUCAGAAAUGUGGCUCCUGAAUAUGCAGAAGAUAUUGCAAAUGCCCGUGCAAUUGUUGGUGAGGCAAAGAUUCAAUUACCUAAAUGUAAGCGUAUCAGUGGCUUCAUGCCCGGUAACUAUAACAAGGCAUGUGCUUCUUUAUUCGGUGCUUUGGAGUCAGACAUGGACACUUCUUGGAUGACUGAAGCAACCAUGAAGAUUCAAAAGCAAUUUCUUUCAUUUGUUGUCGAAACGAUUGGUACAAACUCGGAUGAUUCAAAAAAGAUUGUCAAGGCUCAUAUCAAGGAUCCCGAUAAUGUACGUUUGGUCGAGACCAAGGAGUGGGUGUUUGCUAAAAUUGCUGAAAUCGCUCCCUAUUCUGAGACGGCCGCACAAGACGAUCUUAUUAAAGUCACCUUUGAAAAUAAGGAAAACUCUGAAGAGAAGUUCGAUAUCUUUUUAGAAAAGAAAAUAGUCGAUUUUAUGAUGAUUGGAAUGGUGACCCGAGCAACAUUCUGUAAACUGAGUAACGGCGAUUGGUACCUUGAAGGUGCUACUCGUGUCAUGCCUAGUUUUUACAUGGAAGAUGAUUGCAUGGUAGAGGAAGACUUGGACUUUUAA